AUGACAAGCGAAAAUGAAGGAGUAUCACAGGAAUUUUUUUUUCGUGUAUCGGGAUCUGGCAAUGGUCCAUGGGAAAUAGGUCGUGCUCAGUCAGUAAUUAUUAAACUUGUUGAACAAGGAAUUUUUCAUGGCAAGGUACUUGACAUCGGUUGUGGUAUUGGUGAUAAUGCAAUUUAUAUUAGUAGUCAAGCAAACAAUGUUGAUCUUACUGCUAUUGAUCUGGUACCAAAAGCAAUUGAAGUUGCUCGUGAAAAAGCUCAAAAAGCAAAUGUUAAUAUUCAAUUCGAAGUUAUUGAUAUACUUAAUGAUCUUUCGACAACAAAUUUAAAGAAAAAUUCAUAUGAUAUUGUUCUUGAUGCAGCUAUUUUUCAUAUUUUUUCGAAUGAUGAUCGUCAACGUUAUAUUAAAAAUCUUGAAUAUUUAAUUAAACCGAAUGGUUUAUAUAUUCAAUUAUGUUUUAGUGAAAAAGAAACACGUGAAGGUGGACCACGACGAAUAAAAAAAUCUGACUUAGAAGAAUUAUUUUCAUCAAAAAAUGGUUGGACAAUUGAAUCAAUUGAGGAUAGUAGUUAUGAAGCAAAUGAUGACUCACCAGUAAGCAACGAAGGUCAAGCUUAUCUUUCAUUAAUUCGAAGAAAAAUUAAUACUGGAACAUAG